GCAUUAGAAGCCUGCGCUGCCCGCUCUUAUCGUUAUUUAACACGCACACACCACGCCGAGGCACCUCAUUUACAUGACUACAGUACUCUCUCCUCCUCUGUAUUCUCCGGAUCCUCUUCUCCGGUCAAUAUAUCUCCCUAUUUCCGCCGGCGGAUCCCUCACAGCUGCAACCGUAGAGCAGUAUCAAGCACUUUGAUCACACGAGCAAAACCAAUGGCACCUAGCACGAUCCGCAAAGCGAUCGGCGCCGUAAAAGAUCAAACAAGUAUAAGCAUAGCCAAAGUGGCUGGUAACAUAGCGCCUGACCUUGAAGUUUUGGUUGUUAAAGUUACCAGUCAUGUUGAAGAACCUGCUGAUGAGAAGUAUUUUAGAGAGAUCAUAAACCUUAUUUCUUGUUCUAGGGGUUAUGUUAGUGCUUGUGUGGCUACUGUAUCUAGACGCCUGAGCAAAACGCAUGAUUGGAUUGUGGCGAUCAAGGCUUUGAUGCUUGUCCAUAGGCUUCUGGUUGAUGGACACCCUUCAUUUGAGGAGGAGAUUGUGUAUGCCACAAGGAGAGGGAUGCGUGUUUUGAAUAUGUCGGAUUUUAGAGAUGAGGCACAUUCCCAUUCCUGGGAUCAUGCCGCGUUUGUGAGGUUUUAUGCAAUGUAUCUUGAUGAAAAAGUUGAGUUUGUAGUUUCUGAGCGGAAAUUAAAAGCUAGUGAAAGGAAAUUUGAUGAGGGUGAUGAUGGUUUUGGACCAAGUGAAUAUAGGGAUGAUUUUGAUUAUGAGAUGCAUAGGAGAUCAAGAUCUUAUGGCGAUUUGAAUGAUGAUUCAGUUGGAAAAGAACAGAGGAGAGAGGCAACUCCAAUUAGACAAAUGACGCCAGAGAGGGUUUUAGGCAAAUUGAAUCAGUUGUUGAGGAUGGUUGAUAGGGUUUUGGCUUGUAGGCCUACAGGGAUGGCUAAGAAUAGCAGGUUGGUGCUUGUAUCACUUUACAGGGUGGUGAAGGAGAGUUUUGGGCUUUAUGUUGAUAUAUGUGAGGCACUGGGGUUGUUGUUGGAUAGAUUUACGGAGAUGGAGUAUACAGAUUGUGUUAAGGGAUUUGAAAUGUAUGUUGGUGCGGCAAAGAUGAUAGAUGAACUUGUUGGGUUUUAUGGUUGGUGUAAGGAUAUUGGGAUUGCAAGAUCAUCUGAGUUCCCUGCUGUGAAGAGAAUUACAGAUCAGCUGUUGGGGACACUUGAAGGAUUUUUGAAAGAAAUGACUAACAAGACAUCGAAGAGUCCUGAGAGAAGUAAGGAGGACAAGGUUCCAAUUAAGCAGGAACGAGAACCAGAACCAGAAAUGAAUGAGGUCAAGGCUCUUCCUCCACGGGAAAAUUAUAUCCCUCCACCACCUCCUGAGCCUCAGCCAAAGCCACAACCGCAGCAGAUAACGGAGGAUUUGGUGAAUUUGAAGGACGAUGCAGUUUCAUCUGAUGAGCAGGGCAACAAAUUUGCUUUAGCUUUGUUCAAUGGACCACCAACUACCAAUGCAAAUGGUUCAUGGGAAGCAUUCCCAUCAAAUAGAAGUUCCGAAGUGACUUCAGCAUGGCAAACACCAGCUGCUGAGAGUGGUAAAGCAGAUUGGGAACUGGCAUUGGUGGAAUCAACUAGUAAUCUAUCAAAACAGAAAGCUACUUUAGGGGGUGGUUUGGAUCCACUGCUGUUGAAUGGAAUGUAUGAUCAUGGGGCCGUGAGGCAACAUGUGAACACUACUCAAUUCAAUGGUGGGAGUGCAAGUAGCGUGGCAUUGCCUGGCCCAGGGAAGACUGCAACACCAGGUCUGGCAUUGCCUGCACCUGAUGGAAUGGUCAAGCCAGUAGGGAACCAGGAUCCAUUUGCUGCUUCCCUUGCAGUUCCACCCCCUUCAUAUGUGCAGAUAGCGGACAUGGAGAGGAAGCAGCACUUGCUGGUACAGGAACAGCAGAUUUGGCAACACUACGGAAGAGAAGGGAUGCAAGGCCAAGUGGGUUUGGCCACUAUUAGCGGAGCCUCUGGUUACUAUGGCCCUAGUCCUCAAUCAAUGACGAUGCCUUAUGGGAUCCCACAGGUCAGUGGUAUGGGGCAACCAGGAGGGUACUACUACACAUAGUAUUGAAGUUAAUGCUGUUUCUUUCUAUGAUGCGUCUUACUAUGAUAUGCAUUAGUAUGAUAUGCUUAUUUACAACCUUUUUGCGAAGAGUUUAUAUAAGCAUAAACAUAAGAUUAAAUACCCUUCCCAUUGUU